UGCUGGAGGUGAAGGACCGCCUGUCCCCGCUCCGCGUCGGCCGCUCUCAAUGGCUUUCUGGACCUAUUUUAUUUGAAUGCCCGGGGCCGUUUUUGAGUGACCGCGACCAUGGAUAUUCUAUGGAUAUUAUGGACCUUGCCGGUCGUCAUGGCUGUUGAAGAGACGCUCAUGGACUCCACCACAGCCACAGCCGAGCUCGGCUGGACCGUCUAUCCGGUGUCGGGAUCCAGCGACAACAGCUGGGAGGAGGUGAGCGGUUACGACGAAAACAUGAAUACCAUUCGGACCUACCAGGUGUGCAACGUUUUUGACAACAACCAGAACAACUGGGUGCGCACUAAGUACAUCCGGCGGCGCGGCGCGCAGAGGAUUCACGUGGAGAUGAAGUUCUCCGUUAGGGACUGCAGCAGCAUCCCCAAUGUUCCCGGCUCCUGCAAAGAGACGUUCAACCUCUACUAUUACGAGUCGGACGCUGACACGGCCACCAGGACCUCGCCGGCCUGGAUGGAGAACCCCUGGAUCAAGGUGGACACCAUAGCGGCCGACGAGAGCUUCUCCCAGGUGGACCUCGGCGGCAGGGUGAUGAAAAUCAACACCGAGGUCCGCAGCUUCGGCCCCGUGUCUCGAAACGGCUUCUACCUGGCCUUCCAGGACUACGGUGGCUGCAUGUCCCUCAUUGCCGUCCGUGUCUUCUACCGGAAGUGCGCUCGCAUCAUCACCAACGGGGCGCUGUUCCAGGAAACCCUCUCCGGGGCUGAGAGCACCUCGCUGGUGGCGGCGCGAGGGGUCUGCAUCCCCAACGCGGAGGAGGUGGACGUGCCGAUUAAGCUGUACUGCAACGGUGAUGGAGAAUGGAUGGUACCCAUUGGACGAUGCAUGUGCAAGGCUGGCAACGAGGCGGUGCAGAACGGGACGGUGUGUCGAGCGUGCCCGUCGGGAUUCUUCAAGCCGACGCAGGGCGACGAGUCGUGCAAGCAGUGUCCCAUUAACAGCCGCACCACCAGCGAAGGCGCCAUCAACUGCGUCUGCCGCAACGGCUACUACCGCACUGACUCAGAUCCCUUACAGAUGCCCUGCACCACGGUCCCCUCGGCCCCGCAAAACGUCAUCUCCAUUGUCAACGAGACCUCAGUCAUGCUGGAGUGGAUGAGCCCUCGGGAUUCGGGCAGCCGCGAAGACGUCGUCUUCAACAUCAUCUGCAAGAGUUGCGGCGGCGGCCGAGGCGGCUGCACGCGCUGCGGCGACAACGUUCAGUUCCUGCCCCGCCAGCUCGGUCUGACAGAGCCGCGGGUGUACAUCAACGACCUGCUGGCCCACACGCAGUACACGUUCGAGGUGCAGGCGGUCAACGGCGUGUCAGACCAGAGUCCCUACUCGCCCCAGUACUCCUCAGUCAACAUCACCACCAACCAGGCUGCGCCGUCCACCGUGUCCAUCAUGCACCAAGUGAGCCGCAGCGUGGACAGCAUCACUCUGUCCUGGUCUCAGCCCGACCAGCCCAAUGGGGUCAUCCUGGACUACGAGCUGCAGUACUACGAAAAGGACCAGUCGGAGUACAACGCCACCAUCGUCCGGAGCCAGACCAACACGGCGGUCAUCCGGGGCCUCAAACCGGGGAGCAUCUACGUCUUCCAGGUCCGAGCGCGCACCGUCGCCGGCUUUGGACGCUACAGCGGCAAACUCUACUUCCAGACCAUGACGGAAGCCGAAUACAACACGAGCAUUCGCGAGAAGCUGCCCCUCAUCAUCGGCUCGGCGGCUGCCGGCCUGGUCUUCCUCAUCGCCGUGGUUGUCAUCAUCAUCGUGUGCAACCGGCGUGGCUUCGACAGGGCCGAUUCCGAGUACACGGACAAGCUGCAGCACUACACCAGCGGCCACAUGACUCCAGGAAUGAAGAUCUAUAUUGAUCCGUUCACGUAUGAGGACCCCAACGAGGCCGUGCGGGAGUUCGCCAAGGAGAUUGAUAUAUCCUGCGUGAAGAUCGAGCAGGUCAUCGGUGCAGGUAAUGAGAUGCGAGGUGAAAAAAAAAACAAAUCUAAAUCUAAAUCAAAUAAAUCUCGCCCGUCGACGCGGGACAAACGUGUUGGCUCGCCCGUGCUCGCAGGAGAGUUCGGCGAGGUGUGCAGCGGAAACCUGAAGCUGCCCGGCAAGCGGGAGAUGUUCGUAGCCAUCAAAACGCUGAAGACGGGCUACACGGAGAAGCAGCGGCGGGACUUCCUCAGUGAGGCCAGCAUCAUGGGCCAGUUCGACCAUCCCAACGUCAUCCGCCUGGAGGGCGUGGUCACCAAGAGCAGCCCCGUCAUGAUCGUCACCGAGUUCAUGGAGAACGGAUCUCUGGACUCCUUCCUCAGGCAAAACGACGGCCAGUUCACCGUAAUCCAGCUAGUGGGAAUGCUGCGGGGCAUCGCCUCGGGCAUGAAGUACCUGGCUGACAUGAAUUAUGUGCACCGUGACCUGGCUGCCCGCAACAUCCUCGUCAACAGCAACUUGGUGUGCAAGGUGUCUGACUUUGGCCUCUCACGCUUCCUGGAAGAUGACACAUCAGACCCCACCUACACCAGUGCCCUGGGUGGGAAGAUCCCGAUCCGGUGGACAGCGCCCGAAGCCAUCCAGUACAGGAAGUUCACCUCAGCCAGCGAUGUGUGGAGCUACGGGAUCGUCAUGUGGGAAGUCAUGUCGUACGGGGAGAGGCCCUACUGGGACAUGACCAAUCAAGACGUCAUCAACGCUAUUGAGCAGGACUACCGGCUGCCGCCCCCCAUGGACUGUCCUAGCGCGCUGCACCAGCUCAUGCUGGAUUGCUGGCAGAAGGACCGCAACAACCGGCCUAAAUUCAGUCAAAUCGUCAACAACCUGGACAAGAUGAUCCGCAAUCCCAACACCUUGAAGGCCAUGACCCCGUUAUCCUCAGGUGUGCAUCUGCCUCUGCUGGACCGCAGCAUCCCGGACUUCUCCAGCUUCAGCACGGUGGACGAGUGGCUGGACGCCAUCAAGAUGGGCCAAUACAAGGACAACUUUGCCAACUCUGACUUCACCACUUUUGACGUGGUUUCCCAGAUGACGAUGGAUGACAUCCUACGGGUGGGCGUGACGUUAGCGGGCCAUCAGAAGAAGAUACUCAACAGCGUCCAGAUGAUGCGGGCCCAGAUGAACCAGAUCCAGUCAGUGGAGGUCUGACCUUACACCGAGUAGAGCGACGGUCCCGGGAGGGCCGGCCGGGGGACUCCGGGGGGCCCUCCCCCCCCCCCCCCCGGCGGGCGCCGAGGACGGAGUGGAUGCUUGUUGGUGUGACCCCACCUCUUCCUCGACACUUUCCCUUCCCUCACCCAACUCUCCGUUACUCCCACCUCACCAUCCAUCCAAAGUUCUGGAAUUCAGAACCACGGGACCCCCAAAACGAGUGACCAGCAACACUUACUUCUCUUCUUCUUCCACCGCUUUUCAUUGAUGCUUUUGGUUUGUUCUCAUCAUUUUGUAAAGAAUUUUGUAAGGAAAAAAAAAGUUGAAAAAAAGAUGAACAAGGAAAGGAGUUUAUCGACAUUUACAGACAUUAUAAGGUUGUACACUAGAUGAGUAGGAGAGCUACCCUUUAAAAGGGCGAGAAACAAAAAAAGAAACCAACGAUCCUGUCAAUCCCGGAAGACGGGCCGAGGACGUGGGAACCAUCAAAUGGACCUUUUGGCACAGACUGACUUCAGGAAAAUCUCAAGAAAGGAAAAAAAAAAAAAAAAAACAUCCUUAAUUUUUUCAGUAUGGUGUGAAAUGUUGUGUUGAAGAUUCCCAGCAUAGACAACAUUAUUUUUACCUCGCUCUUGAGUGGACAUAUCAAGGACCACUUCACAGGGCUGACUCACUUGAGCAACCCCGCCCACCCGACCACCCUCUACCCCUCCUUCCCGCGUCGCAAAGCAUGCUGGGUAAGCUGACUCAUAUGCGUAGCGGCCCUCUAUGCUCCAUCCAUCCAUCCUCUUUCUUCUUCCACACACACACACACACACACACACACACAAAUAGACUUUACAAUCAGGUGGAUGCAACGUGUUCUAUUUCUGCAAUUUGCAAUUUGUGUAUGCAUAUUAUUGAAUUGUUCAGAUUUUAUUUUGGGGUUUUGUUCUGCAAAGAGUUGAGAGAGAAAAAAAAAAAAAAAACGCUUUGGAUCUUCCAUCGGUGCUUUGAGUUUGAUUAAGAAAAGCUGCACAAUCAUGUAGAUAAACGACAUCCCCUCAAUCCCCUCACCCCCUUGGAGAAGAUAUACUUUGCUUCCAUGUUUUGAGCUGUCAAUCUUUGUCAGUGUUGAUGUCGUAGCGGGGAAAAACAUGGCGUCCGAAAACGCCGCCUGCCUCUUCCCAGGUGAACAGUGUCUGGAGUGUGAAGGUCCAGCUGGGAUCAAUCUCUCACGUGCUGUCUGGUUCUUCCCCCACCACCAUCUUCCACACAUCACUGACCCCCCCCCCUCCCUCCUACGCCUUGGAACCUCUUAAACAGGGUACACACAUACCGAUUUUUCACAUCUGAACUGAUUUUGAAAAUGUGCGAGACCCACACAUGAUGUGGAAAAAUUCGGCAAGUGUGUGCUCACUGUUUUUAUAGUGUGUGUUGUACUCCACAACAGCAACACAGCACACCUCACACAUAAGAAUAUCUCCACCGACAGUAGCGGUUCUCUAUGUCUGUUGUAGUACCAAGACUGACCUGUGAGAGGCAGCACGGUGCCACAGGGCAUCCCGAUUGAUGGAAGAUACGAAGGAGAUGAAAGAGUAGUAGAAAUGUGGCUUCCUAAUUGACUAUUGUUCUGUGGAUCAUCUGACCUUGGCAUGAUCACACCCAUAAGAAUUUGCAGUCAAAAAUAUUGAACAGGUUUGACAUUUACGAUAGAAUGAACACCUUAAUAUACAGGGUGAUUGAAAAGUAACUCCCUAUUUUAAAAUACUGAGAAUUUAGUCAUAUGCUGUAAUAUUUUUCUCAAAUGUUUUGUGUAUGUUCCAUGAUUACUGGUUGUUCUAUCAAACCAACGACUUUGGAAGAACUUGAAGGGCGAAUACGAGAAGUUAUGUCUUCCAUCCCACAAGAGUUCUGUGUGAAAUCAGUUAAUGCGGUUCCCAGGCGGCUUGAGAAACCGGUGGCUAAUGCUGGCGCCCAUAUUGAAUUUUAAAUAAAACUCCAUGCAAUAAACUUUCUUCUCAUAUUCAUUUCUUGUAAGAAUUAUAGUUCAGAAAUAAAUUACAAGUACUUAAAAAUAGGGAGUUACUUUUCAAUCACCUGGUAUAUUAACUUCCAGUGUAGCUGGAUUUUGCCUUUUCAUGCAUUAUUCACUUAAAAUGCAUUCAUAUAAAGCAUACUGAAAAUAAUGGGACCCUAGGAAGGAGCUUUGGGGUACUCCCAGUUUUGGUGUAGAUAAAGGUGUGAAUCAAAUAAUAUUUUUAAAUUUCAACAUGUAUUGUUUGAAAUGUAAAACACAAUGAAAAUGUAAGGCGGGACGGUGGACGACUGGUGAGCACAUCUGCCUCACAGUUCUGAAGACCAGGGUUCAAAUCACCGCCCCGUCUGUAUGGAGUUUGCAUGUUCUUCCCGUGCCUGCGUGGGUUUUCUCCGGGCAUCCCGGUUACCUCCCACAUCCCAAAAACACGCUUGGUAGGUUGAUUGGAAACUCUAAAUUGCCCUUAGGUGUGAAUGUGCGCGAAUGGUUGUUUUUUUCUAUGUACCCUGCAGUUGGCUGGCGACCGGUUCAGGGUGUACCCCGCCUCUCGCCCGAAGAUAGCUGGGAUAGGCUCCAGUACGCCCGCGACCCUUGUGAGGAUAAGCGGUGCAGACAAUGGAUGGAUGGAUGAAAAUGUAUCUGAUUUGUGGGAACCCUCAUAAUAAUUCAGCAUUUACGAUGGUUGGCAAGAGCAUCAGGGAUCAGGGAGAAAAAAAUCACUAACACCACAGGAUAAUCGCUCAGGAUCUUUUUUUUUUUUUUUUUUAAGAUAUUGGGCCCCUGCUUACUUUGAUUGAAAGGGAGGGCGGGGAUUCUCAAAUUCAGGCAGAUUAUCUGUAUGUGGGUACCACACUUUAGUUGUCUUUGUAACAACGCAGCCAUUUUCAUUGACCAACUAUUUUUACAGGCCAGUGGAUCCUGGUCGCAAUUCAUCUGAAGGAUUAAGUGUUGACCGCAUUAAGUAUUUAUCUUUUAUGAUUUAAAGAGAGAGAGCGAGAGAGAGAGAGAAAACCUGUGGUAGCAGUUGAAGCAGCGCAAUAAUCACACAGAAGAGAUGUCAACUAUUUUUUUUUUCGACACUGUGGAAAUUGUUUUUCUUAAAAAUGUAGUCAAAGCAAGUUAAAAAUAAAAUUGCAUUUUUAGUCUUUGAAAACUUAGUAUUUAUAUUCUAUCCAGUGCAACAAUGAUUUUAGUGCCUCCUGAAAUCUGGGAUUUAAACUUGGAUGGCUGCAGUUGAGCACAGACCUCCUCUCAUCCUUAUCAAUCCUGGUUUGAAUCAGCACCAAAUUGAACACCUUCAAAGAUAUCCGAGCCCUGUAUGCCCUUUCUAUUCAAUUAUUCACUGAAAAUGUAAAAAAAAAAAAAAGAAACAAGUAAAGAAUGCAAAGGAGCUUUGAGCUAUUUCUAAUUUUGGUGCAGCUUCUGAGUAAAGGUGUGACACAAAAAGUAUUUUACCUCAGUCAUGGCUAAAUAUUUUCCUUAACUUCUCUAUAAAUAAUACAUUUACUAUUUUAAGUAGAGCACUUGAGCUGGAGGGGGUUAUUUGUGAAGGUGCUGCUCCCGUUUGAAAAUAUUUUGAGAUGUUUUUUCUCCUGCUCACCUUUUACAAGUGGUAUUUCUCUGGCCGAUGGCCCAUCUCUACGCAAAGUCAAGUUGGUUUUAAGAAAUCCUGCAUUUUUUAAAGUCAACGCCUAAGCAAUUGGGGCCCUGGGAAGGAGCUUUGAGGUACGCCCAAUUUUGACGCAGAUUCCAGUCAAAGGUGUGGAAUUUUUUUCUCCCCAGUCAUUGCCCACAUUUUUCUUGGUCCACGCCCUAGCCCUCCGCCAAGUCACGUUUCCUAUAAGUAAGGCAGGAGCGGGUUGUUAAAUUGUGCAGCCAGACAAAGUUUUCUGCUGUUUGCCUUUUACAAACUCUAUUACCUUGGUCCAUUCCCCAUCCCUCUUCAAAGUCAAGUUGGUUUUAAGUAGCCCUCAGCUGUAUUUAGUUUUUUUAACAUGGACACCUAUUUUUCUUCAUUUACUGUUUUUUAAGGACAACAUUCAGGCAUGAGGGAUUGUUCAAAUUUGAAAGUAUGUUUGACAGGACAGCUAGAGUUAAGAAAUCUUUUUCAAAGAUGUUUUAUGGCGCUAUUUCAUUAGUCCUCCCCAUUGGUUUGAAGUAACCUUGCUCAUAAGCAAAUGAAACCCCGGGAAGGGGACUUGAGGUAUGCCUAAUUUGGUGCAGAUUUCAAUUAAAGAUGCAAAUGAAACAAAUAUUUUUCCCCAGUCAUGGCCAAAUAUUUGUCUUCCUUUCUCCAUGACUAAUACGCUUAGCAUUUUAAGAACCACAUCCAGGCAGGAGGUGGUUGUUCUAAAGUGACUUUCAAAGCCAAACUCAUGAAGGCUUUUGUUUUCAGCGGUCCACGACCCCACCCGUCCACAUUGUCGAGUAACCCUGCUCAUUUUCAAAGUCGAAACCUAAGCUAACAGGGCCCAUUAGGUAUCCUCAAUUUUGAUUUGUUUUUAGACAUAGUUUCCUUUAGUUCUCUGUUAAUACUAAAUUAGCAGUUUUAAGGACAAUUCAUGUUUUUGGGGUUGUUUUUUUUUUUUUGUAGUUUGAAAGCAUGUUUGAUUGCAGCCAGACUCCUUAAUAAGGUCUCUCAAAGAUGUUUUGGCUGCACACCUUUACACAAACACUUACUAUACUCUACUUCUGCCACUGCGGUUUACUGUGAACAAUUACGGAACCAAAAACCUGACACAAAAGUCCACAGUUGAGAUGCGAAGAGAAGAGAAGCGGUGAAAUGUCGGAGGACUCCUGCGUGCAGCACAAAAACAAAAACCAAAGCACCGGAGCGCCCUCUGCUGCCGCUCAAAGCGUCCGGGACAGGACAGGACCGUCUUCUGUCCCUUCAUGACACACGUUGCCCCGUGCUUCCCAUCCACCCCCAGCUCGACCCCUGCCGCUCUGGAUGUCGGUUAGUGCGGGCGCCGGCGAAGGUCCAGCUGGGAUCAAUCGGCGACGGCGUCCGAUGUGGGACAUGUUGUAUUUCUGUACAAAUGUAUAUUGACUGUAACCCUGUGAAUGAUGUAACAAGUUCAUUAUUUGUAAUAUUGUCAUUGGUUUAUUUUCUAAAAAUGGAAAAGCUCAACUUGAUUCUCCUCAAUAAAAAAGCAAAAAAUAAGA